ACGCGCCUCCCGGCCGGAGCUGUCCCCCAGCACCCGGCCACUCGGCGGCGGCGGCGGCGGCGGCGGCGGCGGCGGCACGGACACUGCCAGGAGGGGCCGGCCAUGCAGGAGCCGCUGCUGGGGGCCGAGGGCCCGGACUAUGACACCUUCCCUGAGAAGUCGUCCCCGUCGCCGGGGGAGAGGACGCGAGUCGGGGCCCCACAGAACAAGAGGGUGUUCCUGGCUACCUUUGCUGCCGUGCUGGGCAAUUUCAGCUUUGGGUACGCCCUGGUCUACACGUCCCCUGUCAUCCCUGCUCUGGAGCUGUCCUUGGACCCAGACCUGAGGCUGACCAAAACCCAGGCAUCCUGGUUUGGGUCCGUUUUCACCUUGGGCGCGGCGGCUGGGGGCCUCAGUGCCAUGGUCCUCAAUGACCUCCUGGGCCGGAAGCUCAGCAUCAUGUUCUCAGCCGUACCCUCGGCAGCUGGCUACGCACUCAUGGCAGGCGCCCACGGCUUCUGGAUGCUGCUGCUGGGGAGGACAAUGACAGGCUUCGCCGGGGGGCUCACAGCUGCCUGCAUCCCGGUGUACGUGUCUGAGAUUGCUCCCCCGGGUGUUCGUGGGGCCCUGGGGGCCACGCCCCAGCUCAUGGCAGUAUUCGGGUCACUGUCCCUCUACGCCCUUGGCCUCCUGCUGCCGUGGCGCUGGCUGGCUGUGGCCGGGGAAGGGCCUGUGCUCGUCAUGACCCUGUUGCUCAGCUUCAUGCCCAACUCCCCCCGCUUCCUGCUGUCGCGGGGCAGGGACGCGGAGGCGCUGCGGGCGCUGGCCUGGCUGCGCGGGGCCGACACCGACAUCCGCUGGGAGUUCUCGCAGAUCCAGGACAACGUCCAGAGACAGAGCACCCGCGUGUCGUGGGCCGAGGCCCGGAGCCCCCACGUGUACCGGCCCAUCGUCAUCGCCCUGCUGAUGCGCUUCCUGCAGCAGCUGACCGGCAUCACGCCCAUCCUCGUCUACCUGCAGCCCAUCUUCGAAAGCACCGCCGUCCUGCUGCCCCCGAAGGAUGAUGCAGCCAUUGUGGGGGCCGUGAGGCUCUUCUCCGUGCUGAUUGCUGCCCUCACCAUGGACCUGGCUGGCCGCAAGGUCCUGCUCUUUGUCUCAGCCACCAUCAUGUUUGCUGCCAACCUGACGCUGGGGCUGUAUGUCCACCUCGGUCCAAAGCCUCCGACUCCCAACAGCACCGUGGAGCUCGAGAGUGCGCCCUUGGGGGGCACGGAGCAGCCCCUGGCCGCACCCACCAGCUACCUUACCCUGGUGCCCCUGGUGGCCACCAUGCUCUUCAUCAUGGGCUACGCCAUGGGCUGGGGGCCCAUCACCUGGCUCCUAAUGUCUGAAAUCCUGCCCCUGCAAGCCCGCGGGGUGGCCUCGGGGCUCUGCGUGCUGGUCAGCUGGCUCACCGCCUUCGCCCUCACCAAGUCCUUCCUGCUGGUGGUGAAUGCCUUUGGCCUCCAGGUGCCUUUCUUCUUCUUUGCUGCCAUCUGCUUGGUCAACCUGCUGUUCACCGGCUGCUGCGUGCCUGAGACCAAGGGCCGGUCGCUGGAGCAGAUCGAGUCCUUCUUCCGCACUGGGAGGAGGUCCUUCCUGCACUAGGUCAGGGUCCCCACCUGGGAGGGGCCAAGCACCGGACGCCGGGCCUCUGUGCUGGCCACAAGCCUGAACCCCAAGCCCAGGGGGCGACAGCAACAUGCCAUCAGACGGAGCCCAGGACCAGACAGAAGCAUGACAGGCCCCCCCCCCGAGUGCGCUUCUGGCCCUGGGCAGGCUGGGCCCCAGCUCAGCCAUGCCACACGCUCGUCGGCCAAGACCUGCUGGCAGAGGAGACAGCCAUGGGCCACAGGGGAGUACAUGGCCCGGGGUCCAGGAUGAAGCCGGGGCUGAGCAGGGGAGUACACAGCCCAAGGUCCAGGACAAGGCCCUGCCGGGUGACCCCAGGGCCUUGGCCCUUACUCAGGCUCAGAGGAUGCCCCACACAGGACUGCAAUGAGGACAGAGCCAGGCAGGGCAAGAGGCAGUGGACGGCUCCACACAAGGACGUCGUCGUGCCACUUUGUUCUGAUCACUCAGUCGCCAUGGAGCAUCCUAGCCACAGGGAGGAAGACAGAUCUGCACUUCUGAAAGCUGUGCAUGCCACAGAGAACAUUCUGGACUCCCAGGCCAGGGCACAAAGCCCAAUACAGACCUUCCUCCUACACCCACCCGAUCUCUGGGAACAGGGCUCUUAAGUGCCCCUGUCUGUAAACCAUGUUCACCCCGUUUGUAAAAGUAAAUCAGGCUCUCGGCCCUGGUGG